CUAGAAGCUUCCUAUUUGUCUGCUGCUAUAAGAAGGGGUUACUCUUGAUAGUUCCAUCUGUCCCUUCAGCAUCCACCAUAGUAGUCUUCCUCCUCUAUCCCUCCACAAGCAACAAUGGAUCUUUCCCCAAAGCUUCUCGCUGUCAUCUUCCUCCUCUUCCUCCUGGGUUCCAAUGAGAUGCAUCAGGGCCCGGUGCGCGUGGCCGUGGCGAGGGAGUGCCAGUCGCCAAGCCACCGGUACAAGGGUCCCUGCGCGCGCGACGCGAACUGCGCGAGCGUCUGCCAGACCGAAGGUUUCAGCGGCGGCAAGUGCGUAGGCUUCCGUGCCCGCUGCUUCUGCGUGAAGGCUUGCUAGGCUAGCUGAUGAUGCCUGGCGUCCUGCGUACAUGUGCUGAUAAGAAUAAAACAUGUAUGCAUCAGUCAUGGCUCCACCCGUUGAGAGGGGGUGCUGUUGUUGCGCCCAGCCUGCCUUUUUUCUAAAAAUAUAUAUAUA